CUUUUGGCGACCAGCACCAGCGCUCUGAGUCAGCCCAGAUGACUUGGGCUCCGGUCUCUCGUUCCCCUGGAGGUCCAGCUUCGCCGAGCGUGCCGGACCAUCGCCCCUGUGUCUUCCCCUUUGUGUACAAAGGCAGGCGGUUCUCGGCCUGCACCCGCGUCGGGGGGUGGUCGCAGAGGCCCUGGUGUGCCACCACGGGCAACUAUGAUCUCCUCCCCGAGUGGCGCUACUGCUCCGAAGACGCAUACGGGGGCAGCUCUGGCGGACAGCCCUGCUUCUUCCCUUUCGUGUACCGAGGGCAGACCAUCCACUCCUGUAUCCCGGAGAGGCGGCAGCCUGGAAAAUUCUGGUGUUCCACCACGGCCAGCUACGACCAGGACAGGCGUUGGAGCUUCUGCCCCGACACAGCUCUCACGGAGACCCUUCCCAAUCGUCCCUGCGUCUUCCCCUUUCUCUACCGGGAGAAAUUCUACCACAGCUGCACGGAGACCGGGGCCAGCGAGGGAAAGGCGUGGUGUGCUACUACCAACAACUAUGACGUCGACCGCAAAUGGAGGCCGUGUCACACCACGACCUACGGAGGCAACAGCAACGGCGAGAGCUGCGUCUUCCCCUUCAUUCACAACAAGUCUCCGUCCUACCGCUGCCUCGAAGGCGGCCAGGGGAGGGAAGGCUUCUGGUGCGGCACUACCUCCAACUACGACCGAGACAAGCUCUGGAGUUACUGCCCCGACACCAUGUUGAGCCAGGAGAGGUUCGGGCCCAGCUGCGUCUUCCCGUUCAUCUACAAGGGGCGGCCUCACAACUCCUGCGUCGCCCUCAGCCACGGAGCCGGCCGUUUCUGGUGCUCCACCACCAGCAGUUACGACAGCGACGGACGGUGGGACUACUGUGCCGAAUUGGGUUUUGAGGGCGGUCUGCCCGCGCCGCGCUGCGUCUUCCCCUUUGUCUUCGAGGGCCAACUCUACUCCGGCUGCACCAACGCCAGUGACGUCAACGCCAAGCUCUGGUGUGCCACCACGGACAACUACGACCGGGACCGCCUCUGGGCCCUGUGCCCGUCCUAAGCCGGAUCCCCAGAUGCAGCAAGGGGGAUUGAAGAGAGACUUCAAAGAACCUCACAAUUGAGUAGUGGAGGGGUUGGGGGACUUCUCCUGAUUUCUA